AGCCUAAUAACCAUAUAAAAGCGCUAUGUCUGAAACUAGUACACCUUAUACUCCAGCUUCCACCUCAACUUCUGUUGCUGGAAAUGAGACGGUCGCUCUGGCGGAUGAAAUUAAAAAAUAUAAAACGGAGGCUCUUAUCGACUUCUUACGUAAGGAGGAAGACUUGGGUCUUAACGACGAUGACUUUGAGAUAAUUCGCAAGCGAAAAAUAAUGGGUCGUGACUUCCUUAAGACGAGCAAAGAAGAGUUUGAACAUUGUGGGUUGGAAAUGGGACCGGCGAAAAGACUCGCGGACUUCGCUAAGGAGUGUAAGGAUAAAAAAUUAAAAGCGUUCUCGUCGUACCUCAGUUUGAGUGAGGUGUUAGCGGAAUAUGGUCUUGACUCCGAUGGUAUAGAUUCUAUCCCGCUCUUUUCUCCCCCAACAUAUGAAAUUCAAGAUAGCAAUAAAGUAGCGUUGCAUGGAAGAGAUUUUGGGCAGUACGGAACUUUACAGCCAGACAGCUUGGAGGCUAUGCGAAAUGAAUAUGUCGUAGCGCUUCUUCACGCUUCCAUCCAUAUCGUCAUGGAUAUAACAGACAAGGAGCUUAGCAUGCGUCCUCAGUAUGGAAUAGUUGGUGAAGAAAGCCGAGGCCGGGUCGAUUUUGCAAUAAAGGAGGCUGAAGACCUUAUCUGUAUCACGGAGGAUAAACAACAUAAGGUUCCUGUAGGCAUCGCUCAGAAUAUCAAACAGCUUAAGAGCGCAUGCGAGACGAACAAGAGAAAGAGAAAGCGGGGCGAUGAUGAUUUCGAUUACCUCUAUGGUAUUGUCACAACAGGUCGGGACUGGCAUUUCCUUUUAUAUAGCCCCGGAAAAAUAUAUAAGGCAAGUGAUACUGCGUAUUCGAUCGAAUUUAUAAAGAAGGCUUUAGACCCAAACUCAGAGGAAUACCAGUCAUUGUGUAAGAAUGUGAGAAAGGUUUUGGGCAUUAUUGUGGGUUUGUUAAAAGAUAGGGCAUGUGCGGAAGAAGAGCCAGAAAGGAAGAGGGUUAGAAUAGAGGGUUAUCGUUCAAAAAAAUAAUUAGCCGUAAUUAGCACAUCAUGUAUCCCGGGCAAAGUCCCGAACAUUUGUAUUUAUUUUUCGCAUGAAUUAAUAAAAAAUUUUCUUGGCAAUUUUCCGGGACAUAAUGUCUC